AAAUUCUCUACUCCAAUUUAUCAGUCUGCUCGUCAUCACCGUUGUCACCUCCUCCUCGGCUUUUGUAGAAUACUAAUAAUCUUCUGAAUUAUGAGUCGCUUUCCUCUGGUACUUAUUUUCUUAGUUGCAACAACAACGAUUUUUAUGAGGAUCCAUCCAUCCUCCGCUCUACCACAUCCGGGCGUUCUUAAUGGUGAUGGGAAGGAAGGCGUGGCUGGGACUGGGGUGAACGUAGCAAACGUGGCUGGUGGUGGAGAUGAUGGUGGCGAUGGUACGAAUAAAGGCGUUGCGGGGACUGGAGUCAAGGUCGGGAAGGUGACUGGGGGGAACGGGAAAGGCGUGGCUGGGACAGGGGUAAAAGUCGGGAGCAUUGCUGGUGGUGGUGGCGAAAAAGAUGGUGGAGUUGCAGGAACAGGGGUGAAGGUUGGAAGCAUUGCUGGGGGCGAUAAGAAGGAAGGUGGCGUUGCUGGUACUGGUGUGUCGACCAAGGGCGUGGUGGGAGACGGUCUCGUGGGGGAUGCCAUCUGAUUCUAAGAAGCUGCAGAUAUGACGAUGUGGACAAAAUGUACUUAUGUUCUCAAGAGAUUUAUAUUCCUCAAUGGAAAUUGUUGUUUUCAAUUUUUAACGAUUUUAACUAAUUACAUAACUUACGUACUUAUGCUGAUUAGAAUGUCAAUAAAAUGUCUAUUCUCGUACA